AUGGGCGAGCGGCCACCCGCAACGUGUCCCUUGGCACUCGUGCCGUCCGCGUGGCUCCCGUCAGUAUCUAAAAUUGCUAUUGUGCUUAUUUUGCGUGUCCUUUCUGAUUUUCCUGCUUGUUGCCCCACCGUAUCGCGGCGUUUGCGCGCUGGACCUUCUUUUUGCUUUUUUUUGGUUUUGCUGCACUCUUCUGACGCUAAACUGGGGGCAGCGGUGCGCCGGCAGACGGCUGCACGCGCGCAUUUUGUGUUAUCGGGGCCUCCACCACGGCAGGGGGGAAACCAAAAGGCUCAAGGCGCUGUUUCGGCAACGGCAAAAAAGGUGGAAAGGGAGAGGGAAAGCAUCAAUCAGCAGAAAACGAUGGCACGACGGACCGGUGGAGCCGCGAGAGAGGUGGAACUGCUGGCGUUGAACGGACCUGACGGGUACCGCUGGCCUCGCCGUCUGUGUGUGUAUUGCCCGGCCCUGUGGAGCGAUGGACGACUACGAACGCCAGGCGCCAAUGACGGCGGGUUUGGUGUGGCCUCUCGGUGGUGUUCCAUCGUGUCUCCGGCGGGUGUGGCCCGGGGCGGGAGGUGGUGCGUGUCGUUGCCGUUGCGCCGCAGUUUGCGCGGUCUGCUAAGGAGGCAGUGGGCCCUCCCCCGCACUGUCGACAGUCCACGUGUACCGGCGGGCAAUGCAGUCAGCAGUGUGCGGGGAUCGAGCACAGCGUCUAGGGAGUGGCGUUUGUGUGUGUGGGAGACCACCUUUGCGCCUCGCCACUGA